UAGAUUGCCGAAGCGAGCGCGGCACGGACUCAGUCCUCCAGUAAACUCCAUCGAGGACUUGUUGAUCCUGUGCGGAACCUAUCUGUCGAGUGAUAGCCGAUCCUGUCCGGCCGAGGCAAAGGCGUUCUAGACGAAUUGAACGAGGGUGCGAGAACGUGUUAGUACCCGAAGAUUAGUACAUCUCCAACAAUAUGAAGGUAUGUGCGGCGAUAACGCUAGUGCUUGUAGCAAAUACGGCAUACAUCGGUGUCGAGGCAUGGGGUGGCCUCUUCAAUCGCUUUAGUCCUGAGAUGCUCUCUAACCUCGGCUACGGCGGUCACGGAGGCUACUUAAAUCGUCCUGGGCUAUUACAGGAGGGAUAUAGUGGUAUAUACGGAGAGGGAAUCGAACCUACGGAAGAACCUUGCUAUGAGAGAAAAUGCGUAUAUAAUGAUCAUUGUUGUCCAGGUUCUAUUUGUGUGAAUUUCGAUGGAGUUACUGGUACAUGCGUCUACGAUUUCGGUAUGAAACAAGGCGAGCUCUGCAGGCGGGAUAGCGAUUGCGAAACCGGCUUAAUGUGCGCCGAAAUGUCUGGACGCGAAACAAAAUCGUGUCAACCGCCGACCACUUCGAACAAAUUAUACAAUGAGGAGUGCGUUAUGUCAAGCGAGUGCGACAUCAGUCGUGGACUAUGCUGUCAAUUACAAAGACGACAUCGGCAAACUCCUAGAAAGGUUUGCUCGUACUUCAAGGACCCUCUAGUCUGCAUCGGUCCGGUAGCGACGGAUCAAAUAAAGUCCGCGAUCCAGUACACCUCUGGCGAGAAACGAAUCACCGGACAGGGCAAUCGUUUGUUCAAGCGGAUGCCGUUCGCCUAAACGUACUUGGCAAUACGCGACGGAGGUGACGUAUACAAUAUAAGAUAAACUACAAAAAAAAUCAAAUCCUCCUUUAGUCGUUGUGAGAAGAUACCUAGGUCUAAGUUUGUCGACUCGACAUUAUCUCGAUCUCUUUCCUAUAGUCCGAACUCUCCUCCAUGCCAACGAUACAUUCGGAAAUAUGACAGUAGUAUAAGAAAAUUAUGCGGCAAAAAUAAAAAACUAAAUGUUACUCGGGGAAGUGUUACUUUGGGAUUGUUUCUUUUUCGAGUAUAUAGCGCGACUGAAAACACCUAUAUAACACAUAUCAUACUAAUCCGUAGGUCUCUCUAAGAACAAGAGACACGCUAGCAUAGUUGUGUUAAGAGAGAACGCGCUGAUAAAUAAGAGCGCCAUACGACAAAGAUGUUUCUUAAUGAUUUAGAGAUAAAAUAUAUACGGGAGAAGUUCUUUAUUAGGCGAUUUAUCUACCGAUCUACCGGUUGAGUUUUCCUUUUGGAUUGUAGUAAGAGAUUAGUGAAUCACUUAAUUAUCCGUGAUAUAAAUCAUAUAUGGUUAUAGAGAUAAGUAUAAUAAGUGAGAAUAGAGAGAGGCGUGCACAAACGAAGAAGUGAAGAAUCUUCAUUAUCGUCGCGGUAUCAACAUUGAUUAUUUUAUUCUGUUAAUCAACGAUAUUUUAUUACGCUCUAAUCAGAAUAUGUGUUGAUCGACGAAGUCUAUAUUUUGAGAAGUAAAAUGAUAUGUGUGUUUUCAACGACUGCUGAUACAACAAUGUUGUUGCAUCGCAAAUGAGGUUUUUCUCAACGAUACAAGAAAUUUCAAUGUCGAUAUCGCGAAUGACAAUGUUGUUCGAGUUACACGAUGCAUUGAUAAUCUGUACUUUUUACCUGCAUUUUCAUAUAUAUUUUAUACACGUUCGUUACAUGACAUAUAUCGCGAAGUUAAAAUUUAUUUGAGAAUAUACUUCAAAAAUAAAUGACGCAUAUUAAUACAGAAAUUUUCUCUAUGUAAAUUUUAUAUACACAUUAUAUAUGAUUUUUAAAUAGUUCCUCCAUAAAAAAAAAGAUCCAUGCGUUCCUACAUGUAUGUUAUAUUAAAAUGAUAAAAUAAAUAUGUAAAAGAUAUCGAUGGCGAACAAUUCCAAAAUUAAUUCCAAACCUUGAAAAGUCAGCUCGCGUCUUGUGAACUUGUUUUGUGAAUAUUCUUUAAACUUCUGUGUCAUUUCAUAUGUAAAAUACAUACACACAAAUAUUUGACAGAAUAAGAAGAUGGAUAAAAUGCAGCUAAAAAGAAUAGAGUUAUCGUCAAUGCAUUACAAGUCCGACUUUUAUUUUUAGUUGGAGAUCGAGGGAGAUCCCAACCAGUCCGCGGAUGCCAGCCAGUCUUGUAAGAUGUAACGAGAGAAACACAAUAGCGGAUUUAAGGUCUAAAUAAAAACAAUUGUACACGAUUGGAAAUAACAUUUCUAAGGAAAUAAUAUUUUCAAUUUCGAAAACACAUAGCAAUCGUAUUACCUAAAAGGUGAACAUUUCAAGUAUAAAGCACAGUUAUAAAUUAGCAGAACGAUUUGUGAAUCUGUGAAGCCAGUUUAACUUUUUUUAAUAGAUCCUAAAAAAUCCCGUUACCUAAAUCCGCUAUUGGACAUCCUGCUAAUUAUUCAAACGCACAGAUCAAGAAGUAUUUGGUCUCUUUUUUUUUUUUCUUUUUUUUUUUUACAAACAAUCGUCUAGCGAACGAAACGCGAAGUGUCGUUCGGACAGUCUCAAUGACGGAGAAAUAUUUUCUACAGGGGGAAGAGCUGAAAAAGGCGCAAAUAUCUUGUAAUUCGAUCAAUGUUUCGAGUUUACUCUUAAAAAUCAUAUUUAGACGUUUACUCGACUAUAUAACGGACACAUUUAUCCCUAUUCUCCUCUCCAAAAAGAACUUUACACACACACAUACUCUAUCGGUAUGUAUAUGUAUUUGUAAUGUAAACCAUAUCGUGGAGUUGCAAAACGAGACAAUUUAAAAUAUAGGAGGAUUACACUGUAAACGAUACAUAUCAAAGAGGGAGAAGUUUUGCUUCGCUAGCUUAUAUUCAGAGAUAUAUAUAGUGUUAGAUAUAUAAAUAUAUAUACGAUAAAUAAAGAAAGAAAUACGUUAACUCUUAGUAAAAACAAUAUAAGUGUGCAUAUAUUGUUCGUUUAAAAAAAAAGAAAAUCUCAAAUGAAUAUUUAAAAAAGGAAGUUAUUAAAACGAAGAUCGCGGAAAUCGCUCUUUUCAGUAUUAAUCGCGGAAAUCGCUCUAUCGCGUAAUAAUCUCGUGGAAAUCGCUCUAACUGCACUAACAUUAAUGAAAUCGUAAUACCAAAUACACAAUAUAUAUAUAUAUAUAUAUAUAGUCUGUGGCUAUGUGAAAUAUUAUUCUGUGGAAAUUUGUUAUAAUAUUAAUCGUUAUAACAUCGUUUGAAAAAGCGCAAUGUUAAAUAAUCGUUUGAAGGAUCGAUUGCACGAUGUUUUAAGCAUAAUUGUGGGAGACGCAGUGUUAAGCGUUCUUUGAAAUCACGUUCGCAUACAGCAACAACAAUAGCAAAUAACAACAACAAAAACAAUGCUUUAAUUCCAGUAUGCGUAAAGUACCUGUCAUCUCUGUUUUAUUAUUGAAAAGGAAAAACUCUCAUUAAAUCCUCGCUUUUCACGCGACUGGUGGUGCUAUGUGAUCGCCAAGAGAGUCCCUUAAAGAGAAUCUCUGAUUGAUAUUAUCAAUUAAUUAUCUACUAGAGUUCUCGAGUACUUCCCAAACGUUAAUCUACCUGUGUAAGGAAACUCAAAACAUAUCAUGCGAAAUGCAUAAUGCAUUUAAGAGAGUUCUAAAUAUGAAUGUUAACUAUGAGAUAUAAAUAUAAAUAUAUAUAUUAUCUUAUUGAAAUUAUAUUUUUAUCUUUGAUCCAUAUGUAUAUCUAAGCUCUAUAUAUUUACACAAUAUUCGUAUAUUUUCUCGAGGCGUAUAUAUAUAUAUAUACUAUAUAUAUAUAUAUAUAUAUAUAUUUAUGAAAUAACAUAUGUACACAAACACACACAUAUACACACACAUGUCCGCUCUGUUAUAUCGCAUGUAAUGUUCUAAUAUAAAUUCGCACAUUUAAUAAUAUUUUUUUUUUUCGAUCUUUAAUGCGCGAUCUUUUUCCUCUAAAAUUAUUAUUUUAAAAUUACAAAUGUAAAAUUAUUUUUUUCAACUAUUAAUCGAUUGUCGAUUAUGUCAUCAUUAAUUUUAAUUAUAAUUUAUAUGUGUGCAAACAUACAUGAUAUAUCUUAUUUAUUAUCAUAAUUUAUAACAUUUUUCAAGAAAUAAUAAUAAUAAAUGUAUUUCAAAUUUUCAAAAAAUUUUAAGCAAAUUUAUCUCUAUCUAAUUAUAUAUAACACUUAAAUAUAAUCAUCUCAGCUUUUCAUUGUGCGUAUAAAAUCAACAAUAAAUAUCCUAAAAAUAUUUCUCAAAAUUAACUUUUAUUAUUACAUGUAAAUAUGAAACAAAAAAUUUUAAAUAAAUAUUAAACCCAUAUAAUUACUUGUGCGAUAUAUAUAUGUUUGUAUAUUAUAUAUCUCCUCUCCAGAUAUAAAAUAAUAUCACAAUUGCCUGCAAAUAUUAUAUAUAUAUAUAUAUAUAUAUAUAUAUAUAUAUAUAUAUAUAUAUAAUGAUUUAUAUUAUUUCGUAAAUAUGUGUGUGUGUGUGUGUGUGUAUGUGUUUAAUAUUAUAUAACUUUAUAUAUACAUUUUAUCGAAAAUCUCUGUUUCUGCUGUGAAAACAUCUCUUUUCUCUUAGUCGGGCUAAGGAAAUGAUUGAAAUGUUAUGAACUGCAUACAAAAAAUACAUAUCAUAGCCUGUAAAACUCUUUGCCUUGUAAGGAAGUUCGAACGCAUGUUUGCAAAACACGGAACAUGAUGUGGUAACGAAUAGAUACAUAACAUAUAUGUACGAGCUAUCACAGGUUUUAAGGGAAAUUUGGCCACUUGGCCUUGAGUCGAAAGUACCUCUGUCGUAAGAAUUAAUCCCAGCGUAAAACUUUAUGUGUAUGACGUAUAUGUAAAUGUAUCGUUCAAAAUUACAAUACUUAAAAAAAAGAGUUCUAAUAGCUAAAUGUGAAAUACAUGAUGGUGCAUAUGAAAUAAACUGAAUAUAUUUCUCUGUCA